GCACUACCGCUGUAGACUGUUAUUAUAUUAAAGACAAUGCUAAAUUAUUCUCAGUUGACUCCAGGGUACGGUAAAAUAACAAUUGCAACGCGAAAUCUAAGCAAAUAAAUAUCUGAAUUUAAUUAAAAAUGGUGAAAAUGAAAAUCAUAAUAGUAUUAACGUGGUUUGAAGUAAUAUUUGUCGUAACCGGCUCCAACGUAUUAAGGCCAAGUUUGGGACAAAUUACAAAAAAAACACGAGCUGUUGAAUCCGUAAAUCCAUGUAACUAUACCGCACCACCUAAGCCUGACUUCUCAGCGCCUGGUCGAAGAAUUAGUGAAGCAAAGUGUUAUGAAUACAUGUGGGAGAUGAAAAAACGUGAGGACGACUCAACCAGAAAAACUAACUGUUGGAAAAAGAAACACCCAGGCAGACAUGCAAUUGGUGGUCGACGCACAUCACCAGGUGAAUUUCCCCACAUGGGUGCUGUGGGAUGGAAAGCUGCUGUUGGAACCUGGAUAUUUAAGUGCGGCAGUUCCUUAGUCAGUUCAAAAUUCCUGCUCACUGCUGCUCAUUGCUCUAAAGUAUCUCCACGUGACACCAGUGUCGCAAACGUCGAACCGGAGAUCGUAAGACUUGGUGAUAAGAAUAUUGCAGAUGUUUUUUCAAAGGGUGUAUCCCCACAAGAUGUGAAAAUUAAAAGAAUUGUUAAACAUCCGAACUUCAGUGCGCCCAAGAAAUACUUUGACAUUGCAAUUAUUGAAGUAACGACAGAGGUUAUAUUUACAAAAUUAGUUCAACCAGCUUGUCUAUGGACCAACCACGAUACAAGCCAACUUGGAACAAAGGCGACACUUACAGGAUGGGGUGUCGUUGAAACAACUGGAAGAGAGAUAUCUCCAGAGUUACAAGCAGCGGAUGUCGACAUUAUUGAUUCAGACGAAUGUCAACGUUUACUUCGAAUCUAUUUUAACCGCCUUUGGUGUGGGGUAGACUUGCAUCAGCUCUGUGCUGGGAAAUUAGCAGGAGGUGUCGACGCUUGUCAGGGUGACUCAGGUGGACCUCUGCAGGUAAAGAUACCUUUACCGGUAACGUCACAGGGUUCAAUUCACUACGUCAUUGGAGUCACAUCCUUUGGUGUUGGCUGUGCUCAGAAAAACAUUCCUGGGAUAUACACAAGAGUUUCCAGCUUUAUUGACUGGAUAGAAGAUAUGGUUUGGAGAGGAUCAUGAUUAAAAAAAACAUUUGAAUUAGUCUAGCUUAUAAAACUGAAUUUUCUCCCACCGUCUCGAUUCAGUUAUUCCCUGUUAUACUAAGUUCCAUACCAGUUGCAAUUGGGCUUACUCGGUGUUAUGAGAACCGUGGGGUAUUUUAGUAUAAGUUACAUAGAAUUUAGAUUUGUAAGAAGGCAAACGUGCGCGGAAUCGUGCUGCCACACUUUGUAUUUACAGGUUUAUUUUAAUUAAAGUAGUUUAUGGAACUUUUUUUUUUAGACU